GUUCGUAUCAGCAAUUCCAGUCGAUAAAGCUGGUCGCAAACCUUCUAUUUCAAUUGUAUUCACCCUAGCAUUCAUUAUUAUUUUGCCAUUGAUUAUCAAUCAGUCCAAUAUUUUAAGAACAAGCUUAUUAUUCGUAGCUCGCAUGUGUGCUAUGGGAACCUUCACAAUCUCUUUAAUGUAUGCCUCAGAGUUAUAUCCAACUUCAAUGGGGUCAACUGGCACUGGAUCUGCAAACGCCGUGGAAAGAAUCGGAGGUAUGGUUUGCCCUUUUGUUGCAGUUGCGCUGGUGGAGGGCUGCCAUACCAAAGCUGCCAUCAUAGUGGUCGAGGGUGUAAUAGCGAUAUCAGUGAUGUGUUCUACUGAUCCCAUUUGAAACAAGAGGAAAGGAAUUGAGUGACAUUGUAGAUGUUGUACCAAAUUCAAAAAAGGUGAUUGUUGGUCAGUGAUAAAAUUGUAUGUAUAUGAAUAUGAUAUGAGUAGCAUUAUGUGCACAAACAAUAUGCACAAACAAUGAUAUAUCAUAAUAUGAUUGGGUAACUUUAAA